GCCCUCGGGUCCCCACGCUUGCCCUCGCUCGCCCGUCCUCGCCGUAACUCCCUUGCCGCCGACCCACUGCCCGUCCCCACCAUGGUAGGCUCAGUCCCGGCCCACCGUCUGGCUGCGGCUGCCUUGCUGCUGCUGCUGCUGCUGUUGUCCCCGGGCACUGAGCCGCGCCCCCAUACGGCCCAUGAGAGACAGCUGCAGCUGGAAGCCAUCAAACGGGGCAUCCUGGAACGGCUGGACCUGCGGGAGCCCCCCAAAGUGAGGCAGCCCCUGAGCCCCGGAGAGGCCCUCAGCCUGCAGCAUCGCUAUGAGGAGGCGCUGGCUGAGAUGCGGAGAAACCAGAGCAGGGGAGAAACAGGGCCAGCUUCCCGAGCCAUACGGCUCCUGACCCCAAAAUUGGAGCUCAACAGCGAGGCUUCUGGGAGCAACGACGAAGGGCGGGAAGAGCCGGGCCAGGGCCGCUUGGGUUUACAGCUCUCCAGAUCGGCGGUGGAGGCCGGGCUGCCCUUGGAGCCGCAGGUGACUCACGCCGAGCUCCGGCUCUUCCCACGGGGGUUCCUCAGCGUGGAGCUCGGCCGCUUCCUCUCCAAGAGGCAGUCCCACAUCCAAGCAUAUCAGCUGCCAGAGCCUGGGGCCAUAAGUAAAGGCCCCAGCUCCAUCAGACUCCUGGACUCUGGGAGCCUGGAGGCCGCGAUCCUGACCCUAGACCUGACGCCGAUGCUACAGCAGUGGCUCCAGAGAAGUUCUGAGCCCCUGCUGCGGCUGCAGCUUGUCGGGCCCCGAGAGGUGAUGGCGGCUCUGGCCAGCCCCGGAGCCGAACUCCCUGUGCUGGAGGUGCAGUUUCAGGAGCUUCGGGGUAAGGGGAACCGGAGAGCCAGGGCUCUGGGCCAGGACUGCGAGCACCAAGGGGGCAAGUGUUGCCCGCGUACCCACCGCGUGUCGUUCCAGGAGCUGGGCUGGGCAGACUGGGUGCUCGCGCCGAAGGACUACAUGAUGAAGUUCUGUCAGGGCUCCUGCCCGCACAACUACAAGCCGGCCAGCAUGCAUUCGCAGAUCAAAGCGCGCAUGCACAACCUGGCCCCGGGCACCAUGCCAGAGCCCUGCUGCGUGCCCGCCAGUUAUGAACCUCUGGUGCUCAUGCACUACAACAGUGAGGGUAAGAUCACACUCUCGCCCUUCGAAGACAUGAUCGCCAAGGACUGCCACUGUGCCUGAGGGGACCCGCCCUCCGGGAGCAUCUACUCCGAAAAGGCAAAAGCCACCCAGAAGGAAGCAAAAAGUUUUGUAUUUUCUCCACCUGUCUGGGAGGAGGCUGUAUUUAUGGAUGGUUUUAUUUAUUGAUAAUUUAUUCGGGGGGCAGGGGGUUGGGGAGGAGAACUCUGUACAGUUUGUUCCACGGUGCUAUAAAAGGGCAUUCUUGUCUUGUUGUUCCUGUGGGAGCCCAAGAGGCAUUCGGUGGAUGUUCAACAAUAAAUAUUAUAAAAAACUGGAAA